AGUGCAGAGAAUCACUUGGGGAAAGGGGAGGAGGAAGCACCCGGCCCCGAGGGGGCCCGGGACUGCUGGCCUCCCGCCUAGCUCCGAGGGAGAGCCGUGGCGACCGUGAGGAGCCGGAGAGGAGACACUCCCCGCCCCUACCCCACCCUCUGCAACUCGCUACCUCGGGCAAGCCUGGAGCCCCCUUGCGCCAAGCGUCCCAGGUCCCUCAUUUGGCCCCGCAGAGAGACCCCUCACUGCGGCAGGGGGUGUGGAGACCUUGUGCCAUCAAGAUCCCGCUACCGUAACAAAUCGGCCGCCCCCUGCUCCCAAGAGACUCAGGCCAGGAAGGCACACACGCACACCCAUUUUUAUUAGCCUUCCCUGGGAUGGGGGUUUGGCCCAACUCUAAAGUGCAAUGUGUGUUUGUAAGUUUGUGCACAAGCCAGGGAGAGGCAAAGCGCCCCGUUUGCAUCCAAGUCUCAGUGUGUCCACCGAGCCUUCGCGCCGCUCGCCCGUGGUUUGUGUAACUCGCGUGUGUGUGCGCGCGCGCGAGGGGGUGUGCUCGCUCGCAUCCGUGCCCGCGGCGCGACGCGGGCUUGAAAGCGGGCCGUGGGCGCUGUCAGGCUCGGGGCGGGGGUGCCGGGGCGAGCGUGGGGCGGGAGCCCGAGCUCGGCCCGCCCCGGGAGCCGGCCCUUCGGAGCCUCGGGCCCUGCAAUGGGACGUGUUCUCCUUUAAGAGUUAAGAAACUUGAAACCUUGUUUGCGCAACAAUCAGCGCCGCGGAGCCGCCAAAGUGUCUAGACUGGCAUAUGAUGGGAGGCAGCCAAUGACUCCGCGGCGCUCCUCCGGGGGCCCUCAGUGUGCGUUUGAGGAGAACAAAAAAGAGAGAGAGCCGAGCGGGGGAGCGAGCGAGGGAGCCGAGCCGAGAGAAAGAGCCGCCGGGCGCUGCCUCGCCAGACCUCGCAGGGACCGCGGGGCCACCGGGAGGCACUUUUUGUGGAGGGGGGAGGGGGACGACCUCUGCAGCCGCGGCGCCCCGGGCGUCCGAGCGCAGCGUGGGGCGGGCUGCGACCUCUGCCUCGGUGGAUUGCAUUUUUAAUUAAGGAUUCCCAACAGCUCUUUGGGAUUUUUACAGUUUCCACUCAUGUGUUGACACCCGCGUUCAGGAGAAACUUGCUCCAAGUGCAUCUAGCGCCUGGGACCUGAGACGGAGUUGGCUUUUCGUGCAUGCAAUUCCAGGAUUUUGGUUUUGUUUGGGCUUUCUUUUUCUUUCUUUCCUCCCCCCCCCCCCUUCUUUUGCAGGGAGUAAGAAGGAAGCUGAAGGUAUCAACAAGCCGGCCUUUCGGAUCCUGCAGGAAAAGCCCAUGUAGUUAAGCGUUUGGGUUUUUUAAAGGCAGGGCUGCCCGGACACAUCUGGGGGGUUCAGCGGGAGCGCUUUGUGCUCAUGGACCAGUCGCGCAACUUUUGAAGGCUCGCCCGCCCAUGCGGGGUCUUUCUGGCGGAGGGCAGCCUGCAGUCCCCCUCCAGCGCCGGGGCUGGAGUUGCUGAGUAGCCCGGCCGCCGGGGUCCAUGUAGCCGCUGGCCCGGCGCGGACUGCGGCUCGGCGCGCGCGUGUUCCCCGCCGUCCCGGCCCGGCGAGCUCCCUCAUGUUGCAGCCCUGCGGCGCCCCUUCGACGACAGGCUGUGCGCGACCUGCACGGCGCCCGGCGGCGGAGCUUCAUGUGGGGCUGCGGCCCGCGCAGCCGGCGCCUCGCUGACGGAACGGACCCCCGGUAACCGGAGACUGCCUCCCCCCCACCCCCGGCGCCAAAGGAUAUCGUAUGUUCAGGUCCAAACGCUCGGGGCUGGUGCGGCGACUUUGGCGAAGUCGUGUGGUCCCCGACCGGGAGGAAGGAGGCGGCGGCGGCGGCGGCGGCGACGAGGAUGGGAGCUUGGGCAGCCGAGCUGAGCCGGCCCCGCGGGCACGAGAAGGCGGAGGCUGCGGCCGCUCCGAAGUCCGCCCGGUAGCCCCGCGGCGGCCCCGGGACGCGGUGGGACAGCGAGGCGCCCAGGGCGCGGGGAGGCGCCGGCGCGCAGGGGGCCCCCCGAGGCCCAUGUCGGAGCUGGGGGCCGGCGCUGGGGGCUCCCCGCUGGACGUGGCGGAGCCGGGAGGCCCGGGCUGGCUGCCCGAAAGUGACUGCGAGACUGUGACUUGCUGUCUCUUCUCGGAGCGGGACGCCGCGGGCGCGCCGCGGGACGCCGGCGACCCCCUGGCCGGGGCGGCCCUGGAGGCGGCGGGCGGCGGGCGGAGUCGCGAAGCCCGCUCGCGGCUGCUGCUGCUCGAGCAGGAACUCAAGACGGUCACGUACUCGCUGCUGAAGCGGCUCAAGGAGCGUUCGCUGGACACGCUGCUGGAGGCGGUGGAGUCCCGCGGCGGCGUGCCGGGCGGCUGCGUGCUGGUGCCGCGCGCCGACCUCCGCCUGGGCGGCCAGCCUGCGCCGCCGCAGCUGCUGCUCGGCCGCCUCUUCCGCUGGCCCGACCUGCAGCACGCCGUGGAGCUGAAGCCCCUGUGCGGCUGCCACAGCUUCGCCGCCGCCGCCGACGGCCCCACCGUGUGCUGCAACCCCUACCACUUCAGCCGGCUCUGCGGGCCAGAAUCACCACCGCCCCCCUAUUCUCGGCUGUCUCCUCACGACGAGUACAAGCCACUGGAUCUAUCUGAUUCCACAUUGUCUUACACUGAAACGGAGGCCACCAACUCCCUCAUCACCGCCCCGGGUGAAUUCUCAGACGCCAGCAUGUCUCCGGAUGCCACCAAGCCCAGCCACUGGUGUAGCGUGGCCUACUGGGAGCACCGGACGCGUGUGGGCCGCCUCUACGCGGUGUACGACCAGGCCGUGAGCAUCUUCUACGACCUACCUCAGGGCAGCGGCUUCUGCCUGGGCCAGCUCAACCUGGAGCAGCGCAGCGAGUCGGUGCGGCGCACGCGCAGCAAGAUCGGCUUCGGCAUCCUGCUCAGCAAGGAGCCCGACGGCGUGUGGGCCUACAACCGCGGCGAGCACCCCAUCUUCGUCAACUCCCCCACGCUCGACGCGCCCGGCGGCCGCGCCCUCGUGGUGCGCAAGGUGCCGCCCGGCUACUCCAUCAAGGUGUUCGACUUCGAGCGCUCGGGCCUGCUCCAGCAGGGGCCCGAGCCCGACGCCGCCGACGGCCCCUACGACCCCAACAGCGUCCGCAUCAGCUUCGCCAAGGGCUGGGGGCCCUGCUACUCGCGGCAGUUCAUCACCUCCUGCCCCUGCUGGCUGGAGGUCCUCCUCAACAACCACAGAUAGCGGCGGCCGCCUGCCCCGCCGCCCAGAGACACAACCCGCCCCCCUACAGCCGACCACGGUCGAGACCCCCCCCAAUAUCAUCUACCUAGAUUUAAUAUAAAGUUUUAUAUAUUAUAUGGAAAUAUAUAUUAUACUUGUAAUUAUGGAGUCAUUUUUACAAUGUAAUUAUUUAUGUAUGGUGCAAUGUGUGUAUAUGGACAAAACAAGAAAGACGCACUUUGGCUUAUAAUUCUUUCAAUACAAAUAUAUUUUCUUUCUUUCCUCCUUCCUCCUCUUCUUUAUUAUUUUAUUUUAUUUUUUAAGAAAAUGAUACAGCAGAGCUAGGUGGAGAAGCCUGGGUUUGGCGUAUGGUUUUUGAAAUAUUAAUGCCCAGACAAAAAGCUAAUACCAGUCACUCGUUGAUAAUAAAGUAUUCACAUUAUAGUGUUUUUUUUUUUUUGUUUUUUUUUUUUUAAUGUUUUCUUUCUAACAGCGAGGGACAUGCAGGGCUUCAGUGGGUUUCUGGCCCAUCCAGCGCACUGAAACUUGAUUUCAGUCUUUUACCAGAUAAAGAGUAGAGGAGCUAAAUUGACAAGGGAGGAGGGGCAUAUGUUUACUGUUAAGGCCAGAGAAGGUUCUGGUGUUCCCUCCUGCCCGUGGCUUCGGUGUGUCCACAGGAUGGGGGGAAGGGAGGGUACAUGGCCGUCCAUCCUGGAUAAACUCUCCCAGUCUGAUGGAGGAGGCUCAGGUCCAUGCCUCCCAUCUCUGAACUGUGCACAAGCUAGAAGACACUGAUUCUCAGCACUGUGGGGAAGUGGCCUGAGGAAGAAAGACAGACAGUGGGCCUCAGGCCCACCUACCACCUUGGGAAACCCACCUGAGCCCCAGGGUGAAGCUCCUUUUAGGACCUCCCACCCCUCACCAAAGAGCUCAGAGCUAGGCCAUCUGGGGUUGUAUUUAUGAUUUAUGCAAAGGCAGGUUGUUUCUGUCUGCUCUCUAAAAGGGAAAAGUUGAGGUUCGGGAAGGGCAAAUGACUAGCUCAUGACAGAUCAGGGUUAAAAGUCACAUUUAAUUGUAGGACCAGAGCCAUAUUAAAUCCGUUUUCUCUCUUGAGAAAACUCAAGAAAAGAAGGCUUCCUUGGCCAGAUAACUAAGGGGAAUGUUACAUUGUAUAUCUUCUUUCUUGGAGAUUUACAUUAGCAUAUUAAAUGCUCUGAGAAGUCGUGUGUAUUAUCCAUUGCUGCGUAAUAAAUUAUCCUAAAACGUA